AACACAGCACAGAUCGGCAGCUCAUCCAUACCUCUCUCCAUGACCGCAGGUGGUGACGCCGUCUGUGCAUCGAGCUCCAUCACAGGAUGAGAGGAUGGCGCGGAGGAAAGAUGCUGAUGCUGAUGCUGCGUGCGGACAGAAGCUGAUACAAGAGGAGAAUGAUGCAGAACUCUUCCUGGAAGAGAUUUUACAUCUGUACAAGCAGCCCAUCAAUGAGGAGCAGGCAUGGGCUGUGUGUUACCAGUGCUGUCGCUCUUUAUUGAAGGAAAAUCGCGGUUCCGAUGGCUCUGCUGGUUCCGAUGGCCCGGGAGAUGUGAUGAUUUAUAAAGACGGAUCCGUGCGGUUACAUUUCGGAGGUACUCGCAAUCCCCCCCGAUCGUCAACACAGGUGAUCGAGUCUCUAGGCAUUAUGAUUUAUAAGGCUCUGGAUUACGGCCUGAAAGAGAACGAGGAGCGUGAGCUGAGUCCUCCACUGGAGCUGCUCAUUGACCUCAUGACGAACGUUGUCGACACAGAGAGCGACUCCUGCCCUGACGAAGGCUACGCUGCCACUGAAGAAGAGGAGGAUAAUGGAGAGGAGAAUCCCGCCCAUCCCUGCCGUAUCCGCGGCUACUGUGACAUCAUCAAGCUGUGCGCCCUCCACCUGCCGACCCCUGCAGACGCACCCGCUCACUAUCAGGCCGUGUGUCGAGCUCUCUACGCCGAAACCAAAGAGCUCCACACCUUCUUGAAGAAGAUCAAGAGUGCCAAAGAGAACCUGCGAAAGAUGGAGGGCGACACAGUCGACGAUCCGGGAAGGGAGAUAAACGAGCUGCAGAAUGCUGAUUGGCCAUGGUUCUGGGUGCAGGUCAUGCAAGAUUUGAGAAACGGUGUGAAGCUGAAGAAGGUUCAGGAACGGCAGUUUAACCCGAUGCCUAUUGAGUUCCAGCUGACCCCUUACGAGAUGCUUAUGGACGACAUCCGUGGUAAACGCUACAAACUACGCAAAGUCACGGUGAGUGGAGAUAUUCCUCCCAGGUUAAAGAAGAGCGCUCAUGAGAUCAUACUGGAUUUCAUCAGGUCCAGACCACCCCUAAAUCCCGUAGCUGCACGCAAGCUCAAGCCGCAGGCCGAACAUCCUCCCAGCCUUCAUGAACGCAUUCUGGAGGAAAUCAAGUCAGAGAGGAAGUUGAGACCUGUAUCACCUGAUCAGAUCUGGAGGAGUCGAUUCGUAAUGCGACCUCUUAGCAUGUCUCAGAGUUUUGAUUCAUCAGAUGUGUCAUCUUCUGAUGGUGCGAGGAAAGCCUCCAGCACGUUGUCGUUGGCCAACGGCGUGUCGCUUCAGCAGAACAGCUCGGGCGGCUUUCAGAGGAAGCGGCUUCAAGCACCAACGCUGGCUGAACUCACCAGCUCAGAUUCAGAUGAUGAGACCAUAGGUCAAAGGUCAGCCAGCUGUUCCAGCAUCUCUACAUCGAUGGUGGACGACACAUCACCAGAAUCUGUCUUGGGGAAAAAGACUCCGCCCAUGUUCCUGCCCAUCUCGUCCACCCCGCAGCCAGAACGCCGGCAGCCCGCCCAGCGGCGGCACUCCAUAGAGAAGGAAACGCCCACCAAUGUGCGCCAGUUCCUGCCGCCCUCAAAAAAAAGCUCAAAAUCUUUAGAGGAAUUUUGUUACCCCGUUGAGUGUCUGUCUCUGACGGUCGAGGAAAUCAUGCACAUUCGGCAAGUUUUGGUCAAAGCAGAACUGGAGAAGUUUCAGCAGCAUAAAGACAUCUACAACGCUCUGAAGAAGGGGAAGCUGUGCUUCUGCUGUCGGACGAAAUGUUUUUCCUUCUUCACGUGGUCGUACACCUGUCAGUUUUGUAAAAGGCCCGUGUGUUCACAAUGCUGUAAAAAAAUGCGUCUGCCAUCGAAGCCCUACGCCAGUCUACCGAUUUACUCACUGGGUCCAUCCACUUCAUCUCCAAAACAGGAUACAGAGGCCCACAAACCAGAGAAGCCCAGCAUGAGCCAUCAUCGCCCCAGCCUGCAUAGAACCAUGUCCAGAUUAUCGAAGCAUUCGCGGCAGUCAUCCUCAUCGCAGGAGGAGAUGGAGUUUCCGAAAGAGCUGAUAGAAGACUGGAAUGCCAUGGAGGUUUGCGUCGACUGCAAGAAAUUCAUCUCUGACAUCAACGCGUCCAGCAAGCACAGCCUCUCUCUGGCCAACAAGCGCGCUCACUUUAAACGCAAGACUCAGUCCUUCGUUGUGUCUUCUGAGAAGGGUGCAGAAUACCGGCCGUCGGAGAGAACGAUCCAUGAAGUUUAGACAUGCCACGCUCGUAGCAGAUGCGGACUGGAGGUUGGAUGUAUAGAUCUGUCUGUGAACAGAGUUGUACAGAGCCAAUAAACUCCUUCAUCGUGUUGCAGUUCUUCCAUGCAAACAAAAACAUGGUCAGUUUUCUACAGUAUUUUGUGCUGUAACUAAUGUACAAUGUGACUUUCUCUGUACCUGCUGUCAGAGAGAAAGCCCCCAUUCGGGCUAAUCAGCCGAGGAGAGGGAUAAGGCCGAGCCGGAUGUGGCAGUUCAGGAGAGAGAGAGCUACAUGCAGCUGCCAUGUGUGUGUGUUUGUGUUUUGUGUCUUUUUGUUUCAUUAAAUAUUACUUUGACUGUUCAGCCGGUUGCCGCCUCCUCCUUGCCGAAACCCGAUGCUGUCGUGGAGUCCUCGCCACUGCUGUCCGCCCAAAGGAGCAGCCGUGGCCGUCCACCGGGGGAUGGAGGAGUCGUUGUCGGCCGCCUGUACGUGGAGGAACGGCCUCUGUCCGCGAGGGGCGGAGGGGCUCGUUACCGGCCGCCAGAACACGGAGGGGCGUUCCAUCCGCCAGCGGUCGAAGGACUCGCUCCGGUCCACCCGGGGAGGAGCGGCUGUCGUCAGCCAGAGGGUGGAGGAGUGGUCAAGGAUCAGGCGACGGUGUGUCGGGAACCGGCAUGCAAUUUUUUUUCUCUCUCACCUCUCUCUCUCACUCACUGUCGCGCCACCUUGCCCUUUCCGUCUCCUCUUUUCCCUCCCUUUGUCUCCCUCCCAGGUCUCAAAGGGCGGGGAAAGCCUGCCAGCAGGCCCAAAAGGGCAACGUCCCCCCUCGGAAAGGGGGGGGGGGGGGCUACGUCAUUGCAGGGGUUCCCCGGCCUGAGGCAAAGGAGGGAGGAGUGUGAUGAGGAGAAGUGCGGGGCUGUGAGUGCGUACAGCCGGCCCCCAAUUGGGAUAAUCAGCCGAGGAGAGGGAUAAAGCCGAGCCGGAUGCAGCAGUUCAGGAGAGAGAGAGCUAUACGCAGCUGCCGUGUGUUUGUUUUGUGUCUUUUUGUUUCAUUAAAUAUUACUUUGACUGUUCAGCCGGUUCCCGCCGCCUCCUUGCCCAUUUAAAUGUUAACAAAGGUGAAGAACAUUAUUACUGUUUGAUAAAAGAUUUUACUCAAAUUUUUUUAAUUGCAGUAUCAUUCAAAUAAGAUCAGGAACUUGUCUUAAAAAAGUAAAUAAGGUCCAUUUUGAUUUCAUGAUUUCAUGUUGACUUUAAAUGUGAAUGAUUGUUUGAUGGUACCCCUGAAAUUCAUUCUGUGGCUCUGAUUUUUGGUCAUUCAUGUGGACAGACAGUCCAUGUAUUUAAACUGAUAAGCACAAACAUGCCACUGAACUCACUCUGAGUGAAAAUUAAUGAGCAGGAAGAUGAUUAAAGGAAGUUUAGGUCCUCUAACAAGCAGAAUUAAAUGUUUUCUUAUAGUGACUUAAAUAGGUUGGCAGUGUAUAUAUUUGUACAGCAUAUGCUGCCCAUAUCUAGGUGAGAUUUGACUGUAAAUAAUGCAUCAGCCCCACGAAUCAUGUGCUGAAUUUUAUUCACUGACAGGUAUGAAAAGGUUAGCGCAAUUUUAUAACCAUUAAAAUGUGCAUUUAUUUUUUAGUAAUUAAAUUGUUUUCCUUUUUGCAUAUAAAUGCUUUUUAAGUUAGGUAAUAUGUACAGCUUUUAAAUUAAUAUCUAAAAUAGCUUGUAUGAUGAUGAUGAUGAUGAUGAUGAUGAUGAUGAUGAUCGUGAUGAGCCUUGGUACCAAAAUCUCAUUCCAAAAUUGUGAAGCGUUCAGACAAUGAAGUAAUACAUUAUUGUCUGUGGGUCAAAUAUCAUUGUGAUUUUUACACAGUAUCCCUCUAGAUGUUCUUUAAAUAUGGUCUAAAUGCAUUAAUUACACAAAUUGGAAUUACAAACUUUAUGUUUAAAAGCUGUGUUCCCUAUCUGUCACUCACUCGACGUUGGUGUCGAUGUAGUGACACUAGGGGUCACUCUUGGGAGCCCGAGACACCUCUGGUCUUUGAUAAAAGGCCAAUGAAAAUUGGCGAGUGGUAUUUGCAUGCCACUCCCCCGAACAUACGGGUAUAAAAGGAGCUGGUAUGCAACCACUCAUUCAGAUUUUCUCUUCGGAGCCGAACGGUCAUGCUCAUUGAGCUGAAUACUACUGUUCAUUCACCUGCUGGAUCUGACGGCGCAUUUCAGUGGCUUCUCCCCCCUCUGCACUGGUGCACUGCAGAGAAUGCCCCUGGGCGCUUCGGCAGAAAAACUAGAGAGUAUAUUUUCUGAAAGAGCAUUUUUCCCCUCUAAAAGAGUAUAUAUUUCUCUAAAAGAGCGCACACACAGAACGUCUUUUUAAAGACGCGUCUUUUUAAAGAUGCUUUUCCGAUUGUGUGUUAUUCCUGGUUGUGCUCGUUAUCUCUCGCCUUCUAACGGUCACGAUCACUGUCUUUCGUGUCUGGGCACUGCUCACGCGGAGACAGCGUUCGUGGAUGGUCACAUUCUCAUUGCGAGAAUAUGUCCAUGGCAACGUUGCGGUCGCGGCUCGCCUUCGUAAGGAAGCGAGCCACCCCAGAGGCUCCCGCUUCGGUCCUUUUACCCACGGGUUUGAGGCCAGCGCGGCUAGCACUGGGGGCGAUUUGGGGACCCCAAUGGGACCGCCUCCGCCGGGUAUCCCCCCGCGGAACUCCCAUCCCCCAGCACGCUCGUCUGCCCCGAUCGGGCUUCCGGGUGAGUCCGCCGGCUCGUCUCACGGCGAGUUCGACCUCUUAUUCGGAGCCCGCGAAAGUGAUGAGCUCUCGAGCGCAGCAUCGGAGAGCGGGCUCGUCCAGUCGGAAGCCUCGGCUGGGCUCCUCCCUUCGGGGUCGAUCGCCCAGUCACAGGCUGACGCGGAGAUGACGACAUGCUUUCCCGGACAGCCGCGAGCGUCGGUUAGAGUGGAUUUCACCGCUCUUCCCUGAACCCUCGCGGCUCUGUGAUUGGUUCCUGGGCUCGCGGCGCCGCUCAAAGCCACGCCCCGCCCCGUUCCUUUCUUCCCGGAAGUGCAUGAAGAGCUGACAAGAUCGCGGGAGGCACCUUUUACUGCCCGGUCCCGAUCUUUUCAGCUUCCCCGCUCUCACUACCCUCGAUGGUGGGGCGGCCAAGGGUUAUUCGGCAAUCCCCCGGUGGAUAAAGGCGCUCGCGGUGCACCUAUGCCCGCAGAGCGCCGCCACCUGGCGUGGGUGCCCAAAGCCCCGUCCAAGGCCUGUAGGUUUACGUCGUCUCUGACGGUCGAAGCCUACGGCGCUGCUGGACAAGCCGCCUCCGCCCUGCACGCCAUGGCUCUCCUGCAAGUCUGCCAAGGCGCUAAAGGAACUGCACGAGGGUAGUUCCGCCCCGGGAUUGAUGCAGGAACUGCGCUCGACAACCGACCUCGCUCUCCGAGCGACGGAGGUCACGGCACGGUCUCCCGGGCGGACGAUGGCCACACUAGUGGUCCAGGAGCGCCACCUUUGGCUCAACCUGGUCAAGAUGGGUGAGGCCAACAGGACACGAUCCCUUGCUGCCCCCAUUUUCCAGGCGGGCCUAUUCGGCGACACUGUCGAGGACUUUGCCCAGCAGUUCUCGAUGGUAGAGCAGUAGAUGGGUGCUAGCCGGCUUGUCCUGCCCCGGCGUGGCUCAAGAUCCCCCCAUCUACUCAUCGCCGAGGGCGUCCCCCUGCGGUGACUGCACCGGCUCCGCCGCAGCCCGCCCCUCCGGCCCGGCCCCGGCGUGGAGCCCACCGCAGGAAGCCGACGCCACCCGUCUCACAGCCGGCACCGAAGAACCCACGGAGGUCUUCGAAGCGCCCCUGAGACGGGCGACCCAGGGACAACGAAACCCGCUGCUCUGGAGCUGGUAAGCAGAUCUUCUUUUUGUUACCUUUUGCAUUUAAUUGCGCUGCAUGCCCAAGUGGCUGCAGUACUUAAGAGCUCCGCAAGAGUGGUUUCCUUGUUCCCUGGGUCACAUAUUCGGUGUGUACGGCUGGCAUCACGACCACCGUCCACCACUCCAUUUGGCAGGUUGGCGCUCCAGCGGCGGCCUCCCGCCCUGAGCGCCCAGCUGUGGCACAAAUCUGCCCCCGAUGUGACAGUCUCCACGGGUCAUGAGGAUAGGCCUCUUCCUCCCCCGUCCCAGGCUGUUCCGGGGGUGGUCACAAGGAGCCAGGUAAGUGCUUCGAUGUCCUCUGACUCAGCACGGCCACGAUGGGGUGUGGCACCUCAGGCUCCGCCCCGCCGCGAGGCCCCACCCGCCGGUACAUCCGAUGACGUUGUCCCUUUGGUCCCCCUUGCGCGGAACUCGGGUGCAUGGCUUGCGCUUUCCAGUCCGUCGCGAGGGCUGGUCCGGACCGUCCGACUCGGCUGCACGAUUCACUUCGCUGGGCAUCCGCCCAGGUCCAGCGGUGUCCACUUCACCUUGGUGGAAGAUGGAAACGCUGCUACCUUGCGCGGAGAUCGCUACCCUCCUACGGAAGGACGCGAUAGAACCUGUCCCUCCAGCCGAGAUGAAGAGGGGGUUUUACAGCCCCUACUUCAUUGUACCGAAAAAAGGCGGUGGGUUGCGGCCAAUCUUGGACCUGCGAGUACUGAACCGGGCCUUACACAGACUCCCGUUCAAGAUGCUGACGCAAAGACGCAUUCUAGCGAGCGUCCGGCAUCAAGAUUGGUUCGCGGCGGUAGACCCGAAGGAUGCGUACUUUCACGUCUCGAUCCUUCCUUGACACAGACCCUUCCUGCGGUUUGCGUUUGAGGGUCAGGCGUAUCGGUACAAGUCCUC